UUAAUAUCGAAGCUUCCUCCUUCCUGGCCGCUUGUCCGCUGCCGGCGCGGUGUGAACAUCCAGCGAUCCGUCCUUGAAGUUAAUUCUGGUUUUAAAUAGGCUACCUGAACACAUAAUUUAAGAACAUCGCAAUGGCCACGUUAAGAGCACUGAGGAGAUUUUGCCAAAAUUCCCAUCAAGUAUGUCGGCUUCAUUUAUCAGCGUCAAGACAGGAAGCGGUGGUGAUCUCGGGCAGGAAGUUGGCGCGGCAGAUCCAGGAGGAGGCGCGCGCGGACGUGGAGCUGUGGGUGUCAGCGGGGAACCGGAGACCCCACCUCAGCGUGGUCCUGGUCGGGGACAAUCCAGCCAGCCACUCCUACGUCCUCAACAAGACGCGCGCUGCAGCCAACGUCGGGAUCAGCAGCGAGACCAUCCUGAAGCCCUCCAGUAUCUGUGAGGAGGAGCUGCUGGAGCUGAUCCUCAGACUCAACACUGACCACAGGGUGGACGGGCUGCUGGUGCAGCUGCCCCUGCCAGAGCACAUUGACGAGCGGCUUGUGUGUAACGCAGUGUCCCCUGGGAAGGAUGUGGACGGCUUCCACGUGGUGAACGUGGGCCGCAUGUGCCUGGACCAGGCUACCAUGCUGCCCGCUACGCCCUGGGGAGUCUGGGAAAUCAUCAAACGCACAGGCAUUCCCACCCUUGGGAAGAACGUGCUGGUGGCAGGGAGAUCCAAAAAUGUGGGAAUGCCCAUCGCCAUGUUACUGCACACGGACGGGCGACACGAGAGGCCUGGAGGUGAUGCCACGGUCACCAUCUCCCACCGGUACACCCCCAAAGAGCAGCUCCGGCAGCACACCCAGAUCGCCGACAUCAUCGUCGCUGCCGCAGGAAUCCCGAACCUCAUCACGGCCGAUAUGAUCAAGGAGGGCGCUGCCGUCAUCGACGUCGGGAUCAACAGGGUCCAGGAUCCCGUGACCGGCAAGGACAGACUGGUGGGCGACGUCGACUUCGAAGGAGUGCGCCAGAAGGCCAGCUUCAUCACGCCCGUCCCUGGGGGCGUGGGGCCCAUGACCGUGGCCAUGCUGAUGAAGAACACCAUCAAGGCCGCCAAAAACAUCCUCACCCCCCCGGGGCGAAUCCGAAUGGUAGCGUCCAGCUAAACCCCCCACCCCCCCGCAACCUUAGCACAUUCCACUCCCACCGUUUCACGCCUUCACGUCGCCAAGGCCCAAGGAAACGCGAAGGCUUCGACUUCGACACUGAAGUCUGCUUGGACCGAUUAUCCUCCCGUUUUUAUUUAUUUAUUGGAUCUCCCCAAAGCUGUUACAUUUUCUCCCAUUAUUCCAUUUGUUUUUUAAACGGCGUUCUGACUGGUUUUCUAGCUUUGUGCGCUUUUUGCAUAUGCCUUUUUUCAGGGUUACAAGUUAUUCUUGGGAAAAUAAAAUGUUUUUAAAUUUUGAAUGUUCGUUGGAGAUAAGAUGUUUACUGCGGGUGGAGCCAGCUGGUGAUGAAGAGGAGGGAGGAGGGGAGACUAUCAGCCUCACCCACCCUCACCCCCACCCGACCCCGUUGACAGUCACUGAUCAGUGUCUGCUGUCCAAUCACCGAUGGGCUGAGCGCCACUGGGCUUUGAUCUGGAGACCAAACGGGCGCGCUGUGGCCAUGGAGCUGGCCAAGAGAGCUACAGAGGCGAAGGGCUGUUACUCUCAGGACAGAAGAACCGAGGUCUGUUCUUCCAAAACAAGAGAGGUGCUACAAGACCGACGGAAUGAGCAUUUACAGUUGCAAUUUUUUAAAUGAAAUAUGCCAAAGUACAAAUAAAUAUUAUCAUUGUAA